AACUCUUAGGUGCACCAUCUCCUUGACAGAGCGCUACGUCGAAUUCACCGACCACCGCCACCGCCACCGCUGCGCUGCGCUGCCGCCUAGGGCGAGGGCCAUUGCGCCGGGGAAGCUGUCCUUGCAUGAUCGGCGCCGGUUCUCUCCAAUUCCCAAUCUACACCUCAUUCCCCAAAACCCUAGCAGAAACCUCCAGACCCCAACACCACCUCACGACGGCCAUGAAGGACCGGCCGCCUCCGUCGUCUUACGGAGCUGUGUACGUCCCACCGCACCACCGGCUGCGCUCCGUCAUCACUACUUCUUCUAACAAUCUGUCCUCUGCAAUCUCCAUUUCGGACUCCAACUCGAAGUUUGUCGCCACUCAGCAAAACAACAGCUCCUCGAACCCUAGACCAAAUCCCUACCCUUACUUGCCCCCCCACCAACAGCAGAAGAGGAAUUCCCAGUCGGAUUGGGCCGAUGAGUUGUCCGAAGAAGGUUCUGAUCGGGACAUCGAGCCUUCCUCCUAUCCCGGUGCUUCCACCUCUGAUAAUCUCGAUGGGUGGAAAUGGAAGUUAACAACUCUUUUACGCAGCAAAGAUAAACAUGAGCUGGUCUCAAGGGACAAGAAGGACAGACGUGACUUUGAGCAAAUUGCAGCCUUGGCAAGCAAAAUGGGUUUGUAUAGUCAUCUAUAUGUAAAAGUUGUUGUCGUGAGUAAGGUUCCACUGCCGAACUACAGAUUUGAUUUGGAUGAUAAGCGUCCUCAGAGAGAGGUGAUCUUGCCUCCUGGUUUGCAAAGGAGAGUGGAUUGUCAUCUUGGAGAUCAUCUUUCUCGAAAGUCUGGGAGUGUGGAAAGUUUCUGGGAUAAUGCUUUUUCAAGAUCAAGUAGUAGCUGUAGCAUUGCCACUGACGAGGGCCUUUUUGAGCAACCUGAGCCACUACCAGAGAGUAAGGCUGCCAUGGAGAAGAUCAUUUGGAGAAGAAGUAUGCAAUUGCGCAGCCAGCAACAAACUUGGCAGGCAUCUCCAGAAGGUGAAAAGAUGCUGGAAUUUCGUAGAAGUCUCCCUGCUUAUAAAGAGAAGGAUGCUUUAUUAAUGUCUAUUUCCCAGAGUCAGGUGGUUAUCAUUUCAGGUGAAACUGGUUGUGGGAAGACCACUCAAAUACCUCAGUUCAUUUUGGAAUCUGAGAUUGAGUCUGGUCGUGGAGCCUUAUGUAACAUUAUCUGUACUCAGCCUAGGCGAAUAUCUGCUAUGUCUGUUUCAGAAAGAGUUGCUGCUGAGAGGGGAGAGAAAUUGGGUGAGACGGUUGGGUAUAAAGUCCGACUCGAGGGUAUGAAAGGGAGAGACACCCAUCUUCUCUUCUGCACCACUGGCAUCUUGUUGAGAAGAUUACUAAUAGACAGAAGCUUGAAGGGUGUGACUCAUGUUAUUGUUGAUGAGAUCCAUGAGCGUGGAAUGAAUGAAGAUUUUCUACUUAUUGUCCUCAAAGAUCUUCUUCCUCGUCGACCGGAGCUAAGGCUGAUUUUGAUGAGUGCAACUUUAGAUGCUGAGCUUUUCUCCUCGUACUUUGGCAAGGCUCCAACAGUUCAUAUACCGGGCUUUACCUACCCUGUUCAAACUCAUUUCUUGGAAAAUAUUUUGGAGAUGACUGGAUACGGAUUGACACCAUACAAUCAAAUAGAUGAUUAUGGCCAGGACAAGGCAUGGAAAAUGAACAAACAAGUUCCAAGGAAGAGGAAAAGCCAAAUUGCUUCAGCUGUUGAGGAUGCACUCAGAGCUGCUGAUUUUAAGGAUUUUAGCCAUGAGACUCGAGAAUCUCUGUCCUGUUGGAAUCCUGAUUGUAUUGGUUUUAACCUCAUUGAAUAUCUCCUGUGCAAUAUUUGUGAAAAGGAAAGGCCUGGAGCUAUUUUAGUUUUUAUGACGGGGUGGGAUGACAUAAGCUCUCUGAAGGAGAAACUCCAAUCUCAUCUUAUAUUGGGAGACACAAGUCGGGUUUUGUUGCUUGCAUGCCAUGGUUCUAUGGCCAGUUCAGAGCAGAGGUUGAUAUUUGAUGAGCCAAAGGAUGGAGUGAGGAAAAUAGUACUAGCUACCAAUAUUGCUGAGACAAGUAUAACAAUUAAUGAUGUAGUUUUUGUUAUUGACUGUGGAAAGGCAAAGGAGACAUCAUACGAUGCACUGAACAACACUCCUUGUUUGCUUCCUUCCUGGAUUUCAAAGGUUUCUGCUCUGCAGAGAAGAGGAAGAGCUGGUCGUGUUCAACCAGGAGAGUGUUACCACCUUUAUCCCAGAUGUGUAUACGAUGCUUUUGCAGAUUAUCAGUUGCCAGAAAUUUUAAGAACACCUUUACAGUCCCUUUGCCUGCAAAUCAAAAGUUUGAAACUGGGAAGUAUUUCGGAAUUCCUAUCUAGGGCAUUGCAGUCCCCAGAAUUACUUGCGGUUCAAAAUGCUAUUGAAUAUUUAAAAAUCAUUGCAGCUCUAGACGAGAAUGAAAAUUUGACUGUUUUAGGACGCUACUUGACAAUGUUACCAAUGGAGCCCAAACUUGGAAAGAUGCUAAUAGCUGGUGCAAUAUUCAACUGCCUGGAUCCAAUAUUGACAAUUGUUGCUGGUCUUAGUGUCCGGGAUCCAUUCCUAACACCAUUGGAUAAGAAGGAUCUAGCAGAAGCAGCAAAAGCACAAUUUUCACGUGAUUACAGUGAUCACCUUGCUCUUGUGCGGGCAUAUGAGGGCUGGACAGAUGCUGAAAGAGACCUAUCUGGAUAUGAAUACUGCUGGAAAAAUUUUCUUUCUGCACAAUCAAUGAAAGCUAUUGAUGCUCUGCGGAGGGAGUUGUACUCCUUGCUUAAGGAUACUGGCCUUGUCGACAGCAACAUGAGCACCUGCAAUUCAUGGAGUUAUGAUGAGAAUCUCCUACGUGCAGUUAUUUGCUAUGGCCUGUAUCCUGGAAUAUGUUCUGUUGUGCAUAACGAGAAGUCAUUCUCUUUGAAAACAAUGGAGGAUGGUCAGGUUCUUCUGUAUUCUAACUCUGUCAAUGCUCGAGAACCUAGGAUUCCUUAUCCAUGGUUAGUUUUCAAUGAGAAGAUCAAAGUGAACUCCAUUUUUCUCCGGGAUUCAACAGCCAUCUCUGAUUCAAUGCUGCUCCUAUUCGGUGGAAACAUAUCCAGGGGGGAUGCUGAUGGCCACUUAAAAAUGCUAGGAGGAUACUUGGAGUUCUUCAUGAAACCUGACGUGGCAGAAUUAUAUCAAAGCUUAAGGAAAGAGCUCGAGGACUUAAUUGAGAACAAACUGUUGAAUCCUAGGAUGGCUCUUAUGCAUCAAGACCUUAUGGUAGCAGUAAGGAUGCUGCUCUCAGAUGAUCGAUGUGACGGCAGAUUUGUGUUCAAUCGUCAGGUGCUUCAGCCUUCGAAGCCAUCUAUUACUGCCACACCUCCUGCCCCGCUUUCAAGAACUGAGAGUGGUCCAGGGGGUGAUAAUUCAAAGAGUCAACUCCAAACGUUGCUCACGCGGGCAGGUUAUGCUGCACCCACCUACAAGACAACACAACUAAAGAACAGCCAGUUUCGAGCCACUGUGGAUUUCAAUGGGAUGCAGAUCGUGGGACGGCCUUGCAACAACAAGAAACAAGCAGAAAAAGAUGCAGCGGCCGAGGCUCUGGAAUGGCUUAUGGGUGGGUCACAUAGAGGCCAUGAUUAUGUAGAACAGAUGUCGAUAUUUCUGAAGAAGAGCAAGAAAGAUCAUCGUUAGUUUUCGCAUGAGCAUGGAAUCAGGCAAGCUUUUUGGAGGGGUGGCAGAUAAUCCUUCAUAUGAGUUCAGAUAAAAACCAUCAGACCUGGUCCAUGGCUGCCAAGCAGUAAGAGAUAACGGGUUAAUGACAGUGUAUUUGUUUUGUCACAAU